CGCGCGCCGCCGCCGGGACCCUGGAGGCGGGAGGUGGGGCCGCGCGCCGUCGCGGGGCUGCCGGGCGCAGAGCUGAGACGCUGGUGUGUGAACUGGAAACUUCUGAAGGAAUCCACUGGAUGGCUUUGAAUUGUUGGUGAAGCUAGAGAGCCUAUCAGAAGACGCCUCUGCCCAUCUGAUAUGCCUCUGUACCCAGUGGAAACUCCCUGAGAGGAAUUGGAAGAGGCCCCAGUGCGGUCAGACAUAUGGAUGAUCCUGAAACCAAACUACAUGUCUACCUUGCUGAAUAGAUGUAUCUUGUCUUCAGUCUGUUCUCCCAUGAACUUCUCAGAGAUGCAGAGAUAUUCCUGGAACUGAACCUGCCCUGGGGGGGGGGGAAGUUGCGUUUUCAUAUUGAAUGAAAAGUGAGCAAGUGGCAGAAAUCACGGGAUGUGACUGUGUCUGGAGUCACUGGAUUGGGGACACCAGUUGGGGACAGAGAAGUGCUUCUAGGAGGGAUACCAGGUGAAGAGGAUGAGGCCGGGUGGAGAGUAAAUGGCCACCCCCACACCGCCAGAGAUAACGUCCGCCUCGUGGUGGAACUAUUUUUUUCUGUAUGAUGGUUCCAAGGUAAAGGGAGAAGGAGACCCAACCAGAGCUGGCAUCUGCUACUUUUAUCCCUCCCAGACCCUGCUAGACCAACAGGAGCUGCUCUGUGGCCAGCUUGCCGGCGUUGUGCGCUGCCUGUGGGACCUUUCUGGCACCCCGCCCACGCUCAUCCGCCUGCGGAAGCUCAAGUUUGCCAUCAGGGUGGAUGGGGACUACUUGUGGGCUCUGGGCUGUGGUGUGGAGCUCUCUGAUGUCAGCUGCAGGCAGUUUCUGGAUCAACUCAUCGGAUUCUUUCACUUCUACAUGGGCCCUGUCUCCCUGGCCUACGAGAGCCGUCCUCAGGAGGAGCUGAGCCUGCAGUGGGACACCUUCAUCACACAGGUCCUCAGGGGCACCAGUGAGGCACACAGGGUCUUCAACGCCUUGUGGAAUCUGGACCACACCAAAGUCGAGCCCCUGCUGCUGCUGAAAGCAGCUCUCAUCUUACAGACCUGCCAGCGCUCACCGCACGUCCUGGCUGGCUGCAUCCUCUACAAAGGACUGAUCGUGAAUUCCCAGCUCCCGCCUUCCCUCACCGCCAAGGUCCUGCUUCACCAGACCGUCCCUGCAGACCAGAGACGUCCUGGAGCAGAGGCUGCCCCACAGGAAGCAGGAGCAGCAUUGCCCCCCAAUGUGCAGAUCACCCGGGUUUUUGUGAGCGAGGAGGAAGUCGCUAGCCUCCACGAGUUCACGGUGGAGCAGAAGACUAGCCUCUGGGAAAGUUCAUCUCCGUGCCCUCCCUGGGAUCAAAGCACCCCUGCCCGGGCAGAAGAUGCCUGGACAUCAGCUACCAUCCUGGAGCCCACACCCCAUGACGGAGCGUGGCUGAAUGGCCGGGGGGCAGAUGGACACUUGCUUGGGCAUGAGCAGCAGGGACUUGCGGCCGCUGCAGGGCUGUGCACCGCUGCCUGUGGUCCGGGUUCUGGCAGCAGCAGCAGGCUGCAGCAGGAGGAACUGGACUUGUCUGAAAUCCACAUCUCAGAGGCUCAGGAAGCCUUCCCACCCAUGCCGGCCCUGGGUGAUCAGGGAGCUGCCCUCACCAGCCACCGGGCCCCCAUGCUGCCUGAAGACACAGUAGUGUGCAGCCGCCUGGACCCUUCCUCUCUUGAGAGGCUCCCGGGGAGCGGAGGGCUGGAAAGGCUUUCAGACCUUCCCAUCUCCAACGGGCAAACCCACGCUCCUGGCACGGACCCUCUCCCCAGGAGCGGCAGCAGGCCUAUGGUACUUCCUCCUCAAGAUCCUGUGGGUGCGGGGCCCUGUGCGGAGCCCUGUGCGGAGCGGUGUGGCCUUGGAAGCCUCGAGCGCCGUGGGUGCCGAUCAGCCCUAGCAUGCACUUUGUGCUCCACUGACUCUCAGGGCCCCUGCACCUCUGCAGACAGAAGCGGCUUCGAGCCGUCCCCAGCUGGCCGCCAUGCAGGGCUCUGGCCCAUGAAGCUCUACACUCACAGUGUGAACGGGCUGGUGCUAUCGCUGUUGGCUGAGGAGCCUCUUCUCAGAGACACUGCAGCCAUCGAGGAGGUGUACCACAGCAGCCUGGCGUCCCUGAACGGGCUGGAAGUCCACUUGAAGGAGACACUACCCAGAGACGAGACCAGCCCCACAGGCAGCACAUACAACUUCGUGCAUUACGACCGAAUCCAGAGCGUGCUCACUGCCAACCUGCCUCUAGUGGUCGCUCCCCAGGACCGUCGCUUUCUGCAGGCCGUCAACGUCCUGCACUCCGACUUUGCCCAGCUGCCUAUGCUCUACGAGAUGACAGUCAGGAACGCCUCCACAGCUGUGUAUGCCUGCUGCAACCCCGCCCAGGAGACCUACUUCCAGCAGCUGGCACCCACCGCCCGCAGCUCCGGCUUCCCGAACCCUCAGGAUUGUGCCUUCGGCCUCGCUGGCAAAGCCAAGAGGAAGCUGCUGAAGCAUGGGGUGAACCUGCUGUGAGCCAUGCGCAGCCGCGUGCCACCUGGGCCACGCAGAAGCCCCUCCUGACCGUCCCCAAGCUGAGGGUUGAGAAGGACCUUGCUCUUCCGUGGCAGCUGCAGGAGAGGGCUCAGGUUCUGUCAGGUGUAAGUGACUCGAAUGAGGUACAGAACAGGGUCCAGGCUCAAGGAUGUAGCCAUAGGAGUCUCAGCUGACAGUUUACUCAAGAUACCCAUGGUGCUUUGCAACCUUGUGAUGCUGAGUUUCAGGUCUACGAAACAAAUCCCCAAGGGCUGAGAAAUAAAAUGACAAA